AUGAAACGCUGGUGGUUGUGGGUGGAGCUCCUGGACGACGCCGAUGAGGACGUUGACACACCCGAUAACAUCCAUAUCACGUUCAUUGCGACCGUCUCGUUACCGCCCGAUGCGUUUCACGACCUCCUCCGAGAAUUCUCGAAACACAACACAUGGAAGUCCGGCAACGGAAAGUCAGGGCGACCGCCAAAGCUCACAUAUAAGCACCAAGCGUUGGCAGAAGCUGCUUUCGAGGUCGCCCUCAAGGAUGCCCCCGAUGCUCGUGUUCGUACCUUUGUCACUGGGACGCUGCUGUUCGGUGCCGACAGAACGAUCGUGUGGUGCCUGCACAACCACGCCUGGAGCUGGAACGAUGGCGACACAAGGUUCUCCUUGCAGAUGAAGUACCUCGACGGGAAGCGAACUGCAGCUGGCCUAGGUGUUGUCGCCGGCUCGGCCUUUCCCGUUUGUGACGAUCUACGUGGCAAGAUCAGAACCCCGUUGAAAGAUGGCGAUUUAGGACUGGCUUCCUCAUUGUGCCAUAUCGGAGUGCUCAUGAUGAGCAAUGCUAUUACUUCCCUUCGUCAGACCGCGGAGUGGGGCAUGGGCGAGUCGAGAAAGUGUACGGACUACUGA